AUGUGCUUUGUUUAUCUGAUUGCUGCGCUCUCUCCGGGAUACUUAAGUCACAUACCGAGCGAGCUGAUCGAAAGUACCUUUGUGCCGUUGUUCAUAGGUCUUCUGGGCUCCGCCAUUCUUUUCGGCGUAACAAAUGUUCAAACAUUCAUAUAUUUUCGACAAUAUCCAGAAGACACAAUCUGGAAUAAGUUGUCUAUAUGUUACCUAUGGCUGCUUGAUGCUCUUCAUUUUGCGUUCUCCGGGUAUUUCGUAUACUCCUAUACAAUGCGCUUGCUGGGUGGACCGAUAUCUCUGGGCUUUCUUUGGAGCUGUGGGGCUGAAGUCAUGGUAAUGGGAACAAUCAUGAUCUCAGUGCACACGCUGUAUACAAUCCGAAUCUGGAAAUGUAUGUGGUUCACACGGUUUGUCCAAACCCUACAUCCAUAUGGUUAUAUGUCUUAG